CGCGGCGCGGGGUGGGGCGGCGGCAGCGAGAGCGGUGCGGGCGGAGGGAGGUAAGGAAGCGCCGAGCGGGAGCCGCAGUCCUCUAGUUUCACCGCAUCGCCACCAUGGGUCGGACACUUGCGUUCCCCCUCGCCGUCGUUUCUCUCGCGUGCUGCCUCUGCGGGCUGGCCGUGAUCGCAGCGACGAGCGACGACAGCGCGGUCGUCGACAUCUGUGGAAACUUUUCUGACUGCAGCUCCUGUAUUAAUAAGACAAAUUCAGAAGGCUGCCAGUGGAUCAAAUGUGACGGAAACGAAAGCAAUAUGUGUGUCAGUGAAACAGCAAAACUGGCAAAGUAUGGACAAUGUAAAGUUGAAACACAGUGUUCAUCUCCUGCAGUUUCUUCUCCUAACAAUGUUUCUUCUACCACUGUACCACCUACCAAUGCAACCACAGCAUCUUCCAAUGCAACCACAGCAUCUUCCAAUGCAACCACAGCAUCUUCCCAUGCAACCACGGCAUCUUCCAAUGUGACUUCCAAUGCCACCACAACCAGUUCUGCCACCACAGCUCAUACUCCUAUAGCCAACGUCACCAAUGCAACUACUCAUGCUCCUGUGCCUAAAACUACCAUGACUUCAGCUACCACAACACCCACAACUGCAGCAGGCUCAAGUACUACUGUGGCUCCUGUACCUGUUCCACGCAAAUCUACGUUUGAUGCUGCGAGUUUCAUAGGUGGAAUUGUGCUUGUUCUGGGUCUGCAGGCUGUUAUUUUCUUUCUGUACAAAUUCUGCAGAUCUAAAGACCGAAAUUACCACACACUUUAGGACCUGCCCCGUGGUAAUGGACUAGUAGCCCAACACCUGUAGUUCACGGAACCAAAAUAUUUUCUGUUGCUCAUGGAAGACAGCAGUUGAUAAUACCCUUUAAAUCUCUAAAAGAAGACUUUAAAUGAAUAUUUUUGCAACAUUAUACUUGGCAAGAAGUGACAUCAGUCUCUUCAACAGGAUUACUUGCAAUAUGCUGCAUGGGUUCUAAUGGCUGUUUUAUUUUCCUUUAGUGGCUGCUGAUGUGGGACUUUUCUUGAUAUGCCAAAUGUAGAAUGUUCCGAGAUUCUUAUUCAGUGGCAACACUGUCCAGUAGACAAUCUUAAAAUGACUUAUUCUGAAGGCUAAUUUGAACAACAUCUGAUACAGUAUCCCUUCAGUUUUAUCAAGAUGUGAAUUAUUGGUGACUGAUUUCAGGGAGUGAAAUACCAUUUAUAGUAGCUUAUGGCUCUUACAGUGUGUUGCUAGAAAGAUGGAUAAAAUGUAGAAUUAGAUAAUGUCUUAACAGAAUAACAUAACCCUUUUCUUUUUUUUUUUUUUUUUUUUUACCCAAGAAUAAAAGUAUAAAAGUUGCCUCAUAAAAUACUUCAUUCCAAACAGAAUUCCUAUGCCAUUUCCAAUUAAUGUUGAGGGUGGAUGUAGGAAUAAUCCUUCUAAUGGGGAAAUAAAUAUUAGUGCCUUAAAAGACUAAAUUUCAGUAGGCUGUAAGCGUGUCCCAGCUAUCUCAAAGAUAAAUAAAACUUCUAAUAUUAGCUUUAUGUAGGAAUAUAGAAUACAUGUGACUUGAGCAUUCCAGUUUAAAAAAAAAAAUUCCCUGGAAUAACUGUCCCUUAGUGAUUUUGGUUUAGAGUGAGGAGUAUGGUACAGCGAUGUUCAGUUACAAACAGAAGCUUUGACUCGUUUAGCUUUUUUUCUGGCCUGCAAAGACCAACCAUAAAACUAGUGAUAUAAUUCAGUUUACUCCCUGACCAAAAAGGCAACAACUCACAUUUAUACUUGAAAUACUGAUGUUUGGGAAAUCCUGAUGUUUUUGUCAUUCAAACAGUUCUUAAACUCGUUGCAAUUAAUUUCAAGAGUUUGGGUUGUUGUUUUUUUCUUUAUUACCCUCCUGUGUGUCUGCUUGCUGAAGGAGCAAUUUAGGGUCACUCAGAGGAUCUGGUGAUUUGAUACUAGUCAGGAUUGCUGUAACCCUGGGACUGCAGGCUACACCUUUUUUCUUUCCCUUCCCCACUGGCUUCAGGUUUGUGUCACCCUGCAGUGAACUGCUUGAGGACAAAUAGUUCAGGGUUCUUUUUUUCCCUUGGCUGGAUCAGCCAUGUGAUCUGAGUGUCAAAGGUACGUCAUCUCCAACGCAGACUGACUUGAGCACCUGUGAAAAUAAACCCACAGGAAAAAUGGAAAUAGAGAUAAAAUCAAGUGGUGAAGGUAGCACAUAAUGAUAUCCCUCAAUUAUCAGUUUUGGGAUAAUCUGUAGUACUGUCUUACUGUUCUGACUUGGCUGGAUUUGGCACCCAAUACAAAAAUAGCAUUGAUAGCAGAUAAUAGUCACGGCAGUGGAACUUGAAUUACGAAGCAAAUUAAGUGCACUUCAGUUGGACUCCUCAAGUGUAUAGUGUUGCUUCUUUGUGUUCAUCUAGUUUGAAUGGCAUUGUUUCUAUUGUGCUGCAUAGAAAACUCAAAUUGCUACAAAAUGCAGAGGUUACUCACCAGUACUGUACAUUUAAGUUCAUUAGCUUUUGGUUUUCUAAACAAAACUAAGACAAUCAGCUCAGGUUUAUGAAAACAGCAGUGAGCAGCCAGUUUUCAGCAACAGUAUGUGUGUGAGUUAGAUGGUAUAUCCUUGGCCUUAUUGUGAAAUCACUUAAAUCUGUCUUUUCCCUAUCUAAUAACUAUUUUACUACAUUUAUUUCUUCAAAAUAAAUGCAUGAGCUUGUAUCCUGUGCUUUGAAGUGAACAAAAUACUCUUUUGAAAUAUGACAGUUUGCCUUUAGCUCAGCGAAGCAAACUAUACCUAGUAUACAAUUUUUGGCCUCAAAGGGCUCUUUUGGGACACUUGCAGAAAAGUCCUAUAGAACACUUCAUAGCAUGGAAAACACUGCCACAAAAAAGUUGCUCUGUAAAACGUUGCUGAAAUGCUUAUUCAUGAGCUUUGCUAAUCCUGAUUUAGGUUGCUGAUAAAGUAUGCUGGUAAAGCAAACUAAAAAUAAUGUUUAAAGUGCCUUAAAAUUGCUUACUUGUUUGCCUCAAAUUUUGUUUAAAAGGGUAGAAGGAUACCUUGCCUUAGUUACUAAAUUUGUUGUGGUGCCAGCAAUUGCUAUUUUCCAAAACUUUAAGAAACCCAGGAUCUCUGGCAUGUACAAAUGCCUAUCUGAAAAACUCAAGCUGUAUCAAUUUAAUCACGUUCCAGAAGGCCUGCACUACACACCACUUGCUCGUUAGCCUUGCCAGCAAGGUGUAAUUCCACAGUUCAGAGUUGUGGCUUGGCUUGUUUCCCUUUUAGUUGUUUGGUGGGAAGGGAGGCUGGGUUAUACAUCUUCACCAUGUGCUUGGCUGCCUCACUGUCAAAAGUAGUUACUCCUUCGUGAAAUGGCAGUAUCAACUGAUCUGUGCUGUGUACUAGCAAAAAACCUGAAGUAACAACUUGCAGUUUUUCUUGGCCGUGUUUUGAAGUGGAAGGUAGCUCAUAGAUCUGUAGUUGUACUUGCCCCUAAAUCAGUUUUAGGCACUGAAUUGUAGUGACUCUUCAAGUUAUCUGGCUUUUUCUUGGAGCCAACUUGUGCAAGUAUCAAGGUGUUACCUUAUGAAUGUUCUCUGCAAGUGUUGCUGUAAAAGUUUGUAUUUUGUCUUCAGUGGAAGAAAACUGAAGCAGUUGUAAUUGCAGAACCAAAUUGAUAAAUAAAAUCUGUUGAAUGGAA